AUGACUAUGAGAGUUAAGAUGCUCCUGGGACCAGUAUCUGUAUGUGUUGAGAAGGAAAAUGAUGAUGAAUAUAAAACUGAUGACAAUGCUAAGAGUGAGGUAGUAAAACCAUUGCCAUCAAUUCACAAACCACCUCCUCCAUUCCAUCAGAGGUUGAAAAAGAAGGUUGAGGAUAGUAAGUUCUUGAAAUUCAUUGAUAUGCUGAAGGAACUGUCUGUGAAUAUUGUAUUGGUUGAAACAUUUGAACAAAUGUCGGGUUAUGCAAAAUUCAUGAAGUACCUGGUUAUAAAGAAGAAGACAAUCACUUUCGAGCCAGACUUACACACUUGUAGUGCUAUUGCUACAAGGUCUUUGGUCGAUAAGAAGGAAGAUCUAGGUGCAUUCACCAUUCUAUGCAUAGUUGGUGCAUUCAACUUUGCAAGGGAUUUAUGCAACUUGGGUGCUAGUAUCAAUCUCAUGCUGCUAGUGAUCUACAGACAGUUAGGAUUUGGAGCCCCCAAAAUGACUACAAUAAGGUUGUUAAUGGCUGACCGAUUAGUGAAGAGGCCCACAGGAAUUUUCUAUGAUAUGAUGGUGAGAGUUGAUCAUAUUAUAUUCCCAACUGACUUUGUCCUCUUGGACUACAAGGUAGAUUUCAAGGUUCACAUAAAUUUGGGAAGGCUAUUUUUAGCCACAGGCAGAUCUUUGGUAGACAUAGAAAGUGGCGAACUCAUCUUCAGGUUGAAUAAUGAAGAGGUUAAGUUCAAUAUGUGUAAGUCAAUAAAGCAGCCGAGAUACAUGUUUGUGAUGUCCAUGAUCAACAUAGUUGAAGAAGUGGUUAUAGAGGUAUCUAUUCAGGAAAGGUUCAUUGUUGAGACCUUGGCUGCUGUGAUUAUGAACUUUAAGGGUGAUGGCUUAAAGAGUGUGAUGAGACUAUGA